AUGUCGGUAAACGCCCCCAGCAGCAAUGACGCCUGCCUGAGCAUCGUGCACAGCCUCAUGUGCCACCGGCAGGGUGGUGAGAAUGAGGGUUUCGCCAAGCGUGCCAUCGAGAGCCUGGUGAAGAAGCUCAAGGAGAAGAAGGACGAGCUGGACUCGCUCAUCACCGCCAUCACCACCAACGGUGUGCACCCCAGCAAGUGUGUCACCAUCCAGAGGACCCUGGACGGACGCCUGCAGGUUGCAGGGAGGAAAGGCUUCCCCCAUGUGAUCUACGCUCGACUAUGGCGCUGGCCAGACCUACACAAGAAUGAGCUAAAGCACGUCAAGUUCUGCCAAUACGCCUUCGACCUCAAAUAUGACAAUGUGUGUGUCAACCCCUACCACUAUGAGAGAGUGGUUUCGCCCGGCAUUGUUGGUCUCAGUCUCCAAAAUACAGGUGAGUCCCUCUCUCCUCUAGGCCCCCCUGGGAGGCUGAUCAAGGAGGAGUACAUUCAUGACUGUAUCCAGAUGGAUAUGCCACCAGGCAUGUCCCCGUCGGACCACCCCCACCCAGGGGUGCUCAAGCUACAGCCUCCGGACCACUAUGGCCAGCCUCUCCCGCCUCUGCAGCUCCCGCCGGAACCGCAGCGGGCCCCUCCGCCCAUCACCCUCUACCCCAACAUGCCCCUCUCGCCCACAGUGUCCGGCUCUAUGCUGCCUCUCCAGGGAGGUCACAGUGAGGGACUCCUACAGAUAGCCUCCCCUCUGGGUCAGGUCAUGACCACUAUGACCCCCACGCCGCCCCCCUCCACCCCAACACACGGGCUGCCACACGGGCCACCACAGAACCCCCAGCCACCCCAGCCCCUGCCUGGUCAGAAUGGAUACAACAGCUCCAAACACACACAGUCACAGGCUGCGUUCCACACAACUUGGACAGGUACUAGCACAGCCUCCUACACUCCUGUGGGACCACAACAACAGAAUGGGCGUGGCCACCAACAGCCUCCUCUCCACCAUCCAACCAGCUUCUGGUCUCAGCAUCAUGGCUCAGCCUCAUUUCCUCCCCCUGUGUCCAAUCAUCCAGGGCCAGAGUUCUGGUGCUCCAUCUCCUACUUUGAAAUGGAUGUCCAGGUGGGGGAGAUGUUCAAGGUGCCGGCUAGCUGCCCGGUGGUGACGGUGGACGGCUACGUGGACCCCUCAGGGGGUGACCGCUUCUGUUUGGGCCAGCUCAGCAACGUCCACCGCACCGACGCCAGCGAGAGAGCCAGGUUGCACAUAGGUAAAGGAGUGCAGCUGGAGUGUCGUGGCGAGGGAGACGUGUGGAUGCGCUGUAUGAGCGACCACGCCGUGUUCGUGCAGAGCUACUACUUGGAUCGAGAGGCAGGCAGAGCGCCAGGCGACGCAGUACACAAGAUCUACCCCGGCGCCUACAUCAAGGUGUUUGACCUGAGACAGUGUCACAGGCAAAUGCAGCAGCAGGCAGCUACAGCGCAGGCAGCGGCAGCAGCUCAGGCUGCCGCCGUGGCAGGCAACAUCCCUGGGCCAGGCAGCGUUGGAGGCAUAGCACCUGCAGUCAGUCUUUCUGCAGCAGCAGGGAUAGGUGUGGACGACCUCCGGAGGCUGUGUAUCCUGCGGCUGAGCUUUGUGAAGGGCUGGGGGCCCGACUACCCCCGGCAGAGCAUCAAAGAUACCCCCUGUUGGGUGGAGGUACACCUGCACCGGGCUCUGCAGCUGCUGGACGAGGUACUACACACCAUGCCCUUGGCCGACCCAGGACCCGCUAACUGA